UAAUUUGUAAUUCUUUCAUAGCCAGGCAGCAGACUUACACCCAUUUUUUUCUGAACGUGCGAGACUUGGCUAUUUUCUGGUACACUGUGAAAAGGUGUCGUUGACUUUCGAACGCUUAAUUCGUCCCAAGAAUCAUCAAAAUGCCGAGAGACUUCAAAGCACCCGUCAAUGUGUCGCCGCUCAUCAGGUUUGGCAGAUGGAGCUUCCUAUUGUUAGGAGUUACCUAUGGAGCUACCAGACAUAGUUAUCUUCAAAAGAAAGAAGAUAAAACAAAGGAAACUCGUCAUCAAAAGAUUGCUGAAAGAGAAGCCAAGAUUGCUGCAGAAAAGAAGAAAUUUGCUGAAGAUGAAAUCAAAGAUUUGGAUGUUAUCUUCAAUCCACCAAAGACUGUUACAUAAAGAACGAAUGGCAGAUAUUUAGAUUAAAAAUAAUAAAACAGUUGUUUCUUAUUGAUAUGUUCUAUAUCCUAUAGCAUACAUUUUAUGUUUCUAAUUAUUGUAGUUAUUACACCACAUAAAUAAUUUUAAUGUGCAGAUAAAAUGUAUUCAUAUAAGAAGUUUGUACUAUAAAAUACAUGUUUUCUCAAAACUCAAAGGGAUUCUUUUAUUAAAUAUUAAUAUAAUAAAACACAUGUACUGAUUAUGUAUUAAUCACAUUCAAAUAUAUAAAAUAUACUUCAACUGAGCUUUUCAAUAAUUAUCUCAAUUAAUUAUGAUUAUUUGUUCAUUUUACAUUAAUUGCAUUGAUUAUAAAUAUUUACUACCAUAAAUAAUCAAUGAUUCUAGAAAAUUAACACAACAUUUAUUAGCGAUAUUUAUAUAUUUCAAUUAUUAAUUCUUGAGCAGUUCACUAUACAUUAUAAUUUUGUUUCAAAAUGCUUGAAAAAUGUUAAUUUAAGAUAUGGUAACUUUGUAGCAAAGCAACACAAAUUAUUGUAUUUUGUUUUACAAUUAUGUCAGCUAUGCGUUAAUAGUUGAAAACCAAAAGUAUAUUAAAAUAAUAAAACAUUUUUAUAAAUACA